AUGGAUGCCCUGCCAUGGAUGCCCAUGGAUGCCCUCAUGGAUGCCCAUGGAUGCCCUCAUGGAUGCCCAUGGAUGCCCUCGUGGAUGCUGCCAUGGAUGCUGCCAUGGAUGCUGCCAUGGAUGCCCUCAUGGAUGCCCAUGGAUGCCCUCAUGGAUGCUGUCAUGGAUGCCGUCAGGGGUACUGUUGAAGAUGCUGUUACAGGUGCAGACAAAGAUGCUUUGCGACGCCGUUGUCGGUGCUCUUAUGAGUGCGGUUGUGACGCCGUUAUGGCUGAUCUUAUGGGUGCCGUAUGGGUGCCGUCAUAG